UGCCAAUCUAGAGCAAAAGGACAUUGUAUAUCCAAUGGGAACUACAAACGUUGCUAUUGCCUUUAUCUUUCUUGCUAUUCUUUCCUUCACUCCUAAUGUUGAAAGCCAAGUAGUACAUCAUCCACUAGAUUCCCUAACUCCAUUAGAGCUCAAGCAAGUCCAAACCCUAGUUAAAACAUCACACCAAAAUGUGACAUUUCAAUAUGUGGGCUUGGAUGAGCCAUACAAACCAAAGGUCCUCUCUUGGUUGUUGUCCAAAAAACAAAACAAAAAAUCAUCCAUCAUUCCCCGUAGAGCAUUUAUCGUUGCACGUGUCAAUUUUGAGAGCCACGAGAUUCUGAUAGAUCUAUCUAACAAAUUGAUUUUAUCAGAUAAAAUUUAUCGAGGCACUGGCUACCCGAUGCUCAAUGCCGAGGAGCAAGCUCUCGCGAGCGAGUUGCCACACAAAUAUCCACCGUUUGUGGAGUCCAUCGCUAAGCGAAAGCUCAAACUAAGUGAGGUAUUGUGCGAAGCCUUUACCAUCGGAUGGUACGGAGAGAAGAAGACCAAACGGGUGGUACAAGUGAUGUGCUACUAUGUUGAUGGCACGAUUAACUUCUAUAUGAAGCCAAUCGAGGGUAUCAUGGCUACAGUCGAUCUUGACCUAAUGAAGAUCGUCGGUUAUCAUGACCGUCAAAUGAUUCCAGUCGCCAAAGGUGAUGGUGUAGAAUAUGUCGAGUCUAAACAAGGCCAUCUUCAUGACAAUCAUCUCAAGGGUAUGACAAUAUUGCAACAAGAUGGACCAAGUUUCACCUUAGAUGGAAAUAAUGUGAGGUGGGCUAAUUGGGAUUUCCAUCUCGGUUUCGACAUGAGAGUUGGCCCUGUAAUCUCCUUGGCGUCGAUUUUCGAUCACGACAAAAACAAAUACCGGAGUGUUUUGUAUAAAGGCUACGUGUCGGAACUUUUCGUGCCGUAUCAAGACCUUAGUGAAGAGUGGUGGUUCAGAACUUUUCUCGAUGCCGGUGAGUUUGGGUUCGGCAUUUGUGCGGUGCCACUACAGCCCUCGAGGGAUUGCCCUAAAAACGCAAAGUAUUUCGAUGGUUAUUACACGAGUCGAGAGGGGACUCCCGUGAAAAUAUCUAACGUCUUUUGUGUUUUCGAACGUUACUCGGGUGAUGUAAUGUGGCGCCACACAGAGGCGGCUCUUCCUGGUGAUGACAUAGUGGAGGCCAGACCAGACGUAACGCUUGUUGUGAGGAUGGUAUCAACGGUGGCCAACUAUGACUAUAUUAUUGAUUGGGAGUUUAAGCAAAAUGGCGGCAUCAAAGUCACUGUUAGUCUUUCCGGAAUCCUAGCUGUCAAGGGCUCAAAAUACACGCACCAAGACCAAAUCAAAGAAGAAAUCUACGGCACUUUAGUAGCCGAAAACACCAUUGCCGUCCGUCACAACCAUUUUCUCACCUUCCAUCUCGACCUCGACAUUGACGGGUCCGCAAACUCCUUAACAAAAACCCACUUGAAAACGGUCCGUGUGGCCAAUGGGACUUGUCCGAGGAGAAGCUAUUGGACCGCGGUCCAUGAGACAGCUAAGACCGAGUCCGAUGCCAAAAUGACUUUCAACUCUGGCGAUAUAGAGGUCAUAGUAGUGAAUCCCAACAAGAGGACUAAUAUGGGCCACCAUGUGGGCUAUCGGCUGGUCCCAGGCCCAGUUGCGGCCCCACUACUAUUGGGAGACGAUUAUGAACAAAUACGCGGGGCGUUUAGUAAUUAUCAUGUUUGGGCCACACCAUAUAACAGGUCCGAAAAAUGGGCUGGAGGAGAUUUUGUGGAUCAGGCGCCUGGAGACAAUACAUUGGCUGCAUGGACUAUGAGGAAUUUGGACAUUGUGAACAAGGAUAUUGUGGUGUGGCACACAUUGGGUGUUCAUCAUGUGCCCGUGCAGGAAGAUUAUCCGAUCAUGCCGACACUGAGUGGUUCCUUUGAGCUGAAGCCAUCUAAUUUCUUUGAUUACAAUCCAGUGCUCAAAGUGAAGCCACUCAAAUCGGUGGACUGGGUCAAUUGUUCGGCAAAAUCUCCUUAAAAUUUGUGUGGUGAACAUGUCUGAACUUGCAUUGUGAUGUUUUAAGACUUUUUCUUGUACUGCUGGGUCCAAUCCGGAUAAUGUGUACCACUAUUAUUUGAUGAAAUAAAUGCAUGUUUCUAUUGGGUGAAAUAGAAUUUCGGCCUCGAUUAGAAAAACAUUUUCCAGUUGAUUUACCAGUUUGAAUUCUACUGGAUCUUCUAUUUGUUGGUACACGAACAGAGUCGAUGUUUAAAUUGAAUUUUGGCAAAGACAAUGCUUUUAGCAAAAGUCUCCUCUUGGGCUAAUAAUGCCCGUUUGUCUUAUUUUUGUUGCGUUUUUCGUAGUUAUUUUUUCUUUCUUUUUCUCCAAAUUUAGGUCUUUUAGUUCGUUUUGUAGUUUAUUGCAUGUUUUUAUCUAUUUGGAGUCACUUCAGUGUUUUUCGUUUGGUUUUCCGUUUUCUCCGUUUUUCUUGUCGUUUUCGGUGUGCAGAUCAGAAGCCUCGAGAGGAUCGGAUUUCAGGUUAAAAUUAUUCAGGCAAGCGUAAUUGAAUAGAGGAGUUUGUUGGCAACACACAGGAAAAAGCGGAAUCGAUUUCCGAUACUAGACGAGACCGAACGACUCCAAAACGUGAAGUAGUACCAGUCUGUCAGCCCCUGCUCCCGC